GGGUUGAGGGGUGGCUUUUUUCCGCCGGAGCUCGGCUGGCUCGGUGUCAACAUCCAGUGACGGCCAUGUUUGCCGGCGCCGCCGCUGUAAACAAAAAAAGUGGGAGACAAGACGCUUCGCUGAAUGUCGGGUCAUUUUUAUUUCUUUGCUUUACAAUGUCUCUGGGAAUGUCCUACAAGCCCAAUGCCCACCAGCACACUCCGGGAACUUCGGGGAACCAGGUUGGGAGCCUCCAGGCGGCAGCUAACCUGGCGGCCUUGCAGUCCUACAGGCCCCUUCUGAGCGACUAUGGACCUCCAUCUCUGGGAUUCUCACAGGGCUUGACCGGUAGCCAAGUGCCUCAGAACAAAUAUGCAGAGCUGCUGGCCAUCAUCGAGGAGCUGGGAAAGGAGAUCCGGCCCACGUACGCCGGCAGCAAGAGCGCCAUGGAGAGGCUCAAGAGAGGGAUCAUCCACGCUCGGGGGCUGGUGCGUGAGUGCUUGGCGGAGACGGAGAGGAACGCCAGGUCUUAGCUACAAUCACACAUUCCGCAAGUGCAAGGAGACUUAACAGUGUGUGUCUUCAAUAUUACAAAUGCAUGUCAUUUCCUUUUCGUGAGGAAGUAAAUGGUAAAUGGUGAAUGAUUGGAUUCCAAAUAUGCUUCAUGGCUCCUGAGGGUCAUUUAAAUCUCGUGUGAAUGAGACGAUUGCUGUUGUUUUAUGUGCCCAUUUUUUUCUGGGGACAUUUAAUUUCCAUUUUUGGUUUUGCAUGCCAUUAAUUAGGCCCGUGGGUUAAGUGUAAACACCACAUGUCUUGUACAGGGGUAGAAUUCUCUUUUUUUGUUUUUUUGUUUUGCUCUUGUUUAGGGGCCAUGCGUGCGUGAGUGAGACAGAAAGACAAGUGUGUCAAUUCAUUCGUGUUCAGGUUGGUUUUGUUAUCAAAAGAAAAUGCUGUUACUUGCAUCUUUGUAUGUAUUUAUUA